UAGUGGUUUGAUGCUUUGGCGGUCGUUAACAGAGCAACAGUGUGUGAAUAAAGCCCAGCAGAAACAGCCUCUGUGCGGCUGUUGCUGGGAGCUCCGGCCAAUCAAAGCCGCAGCGCUUCCAUACAAGUAGUUUGGGGGCUGGAGAAGCAUGACAUCAUGCAGAGCUCCGGCCCUCUCAGCGAAAACAAAGAUUGAAACAUCUUCAUCUCACUACAGCAAACCACAGUCGACGACAGAACCGUCUGCACUGUGAUAUUCCGCGGCCCCAUCCGUAAAAUACACCGGGAGGCUGAGCCCUGUUACCCGCGGUGCGCGGAGCGGAGUCUGGGAGGGGCAUCCGUCCGUCAGUCUGGGGGAAUGGCGGAUGGGGAGGCCGCCGUGUCUGUGGAGUGGGGCAGCGGUGAUGGGGGUUUAACAGAGUAACAUCUGCACCUCUGCAUUUCUAUUUCCUCCGUUUAGCUUGGUGUUCAGCUUUGGCCAUGGAUCCUGAGAAAAAGUUGACAUUCUGCCUCGGGCUGAAGGCUGAGGAGAUGACCAUGUCCCUGCAGGGGCUGGACGGUACUGAAGCCGCUACGGUGGCUGUUUCUCAGAAGGACCCUCAAGUGCACAUGAUUAACAAGGUGGUGAAGCAGCACGGAGGUUCUGGUAGCCAGCCUGUAGUCAGCCCCAAGUACUGUCCUGGAGUAAACAACAAUCCGGGUUACCUGUGUGAAACAGGACACUGCUGCGGAGAGACAGGCUGCUGUACCUACUAUUAUGAACUCUGGUGGUUCUGGCUUUUGUGGACGGUGCUGAUCCUCUUCAGCUGUUUCUGUGCUUACCGCCACCGCCGGGCCAAGCUGAGAAUCCAACAGCAGCAGAGACAGAGAGAGAUCAAUCUGAUCGCCUAUAACGGAGCCUGCAACUACCCUUCCUCAAUGCUGGACCUCAGCUUCCUGGCUUCCUUCAAGUUGCCCUCCUAUGAGGAGGUGGCUGCACAGCCCAGCACCCCUCCUCCGCCUUACAGCUCUGUCUUUGCCCUGCAGGGAGGUACCAUGGGGGGUCCAAGCUCUUCUUUCCCCCAUCAUCACCACCACCGUCACCCCUGCCCUCCCUAUCUGGGCCCUGGCCCCAGCGGCCUGACUUCCUCCCAGAGCUCUGACAACUGCUACACCAGCUGCUCCUGCGAGUCCUGCUCCCUCACCUCCCCGUCGAGCACCUCCUUCUCUGUCCAGGUGACAGACGAGACGUACAACAGCAGCCACAACUCCACACCCAGCGAAGCAGGGGGCGACUGUUCCAUCAUGGGUUCAAGGGCUGGGGCCACCUUCACACCGACGCCCUCCCCGCCGCCUCCAUCACAGCUACAGCCUGAUGUUAUACCUGCGGCCUCUCCAGAUGUCAUACCUGUGCAGAGACGUUCCAAUGGCAGUGAAGGACUCUCACCUCCGGCUCCACCACUGUCCCUUCCUUUACACUCUCGUCCCUCACACCCUUCUCGCCUCUCACUUUCUCCCCUCAUCCUGUUAUCUUCCCUCCCUCCUGGUCAAGUCCACCCUCUUGUCCUCUCAGACCCACUUGGAGCCAUGGCUGUUAAGAAAGAGAUGGAAGAAGAGGCCUCACCUAAUGGUGCAACCCCCAAGCCCACGCCUUCUCCCCCUAAACAGGCUCUCUUCUCCUCAAAUGUGGCCGUUUUCACGCAUCGCAGCAGCAAAGAGGAGCAGAAACAAGAAAAAGAAGAGGAGGAAGAAGAGGAAGAGGAGGAUGACGAGGAGGAUCAUUUCCGGCAUCGACGUCUAACGGGUGACUCAGGCAUUGAGGUGUGUCGCUGCCACGUGAAGAGAGAGGAACAAGAAGAACAGGAACUGCAGAAGGGGCAUUUUGCUAAAGGGGGUAAAGAGGCUGUGAAGGGGGAGGAGAGGGCAGAUGUGCUGCACGACAGCAUGGACUGUUCCCUCCUGGAUGACUGCGCUGAGCAGCGUGGCCACGUCUCCUCAUCCUCCAGUGUCAUCCAGAAGACGGGCGAGGCCAUUAUUGCAGUGGAGUCCUCGUAGGCUGACAGCCAGUGAGAUGUCGUCAAAACAAGUGGGGAAAGUGAGAUGUUUAUGCGUACUGGCCUCCUUACAGAUCAAGACUAGUAGGUGAAAAGUUUAAAUCACUGAAGAAAAGUCUUGCAGGUCUUAAGCCAAGGGACAGGAUAAGAAAUAGAUUAUUUCCUGUGUGUUCUGUUUCAAAGGAGAACCUGACAGCUGAGUCAUAUUUUGUAGUUAGUUGAUUUGGUUCGUGGUUUAGGAGAAAGCAUAUCCUGUUCUCUAAAGUGAUGAAAAUAAUAAUGAAUUGUUUUUUCUCUUUCUCCUUCACUUUCCCACAUGCUAACUAAAUCCAUUUUGACAAGUGGCUCAGUGUCAACAUACCAACAUCCUUUUUAUCUCUCUUUUCUCUGCAUGACAAAACAUUGCUAAAAUAGCAUUUUAGCUUUUUGCAAUGAAAUCCCUGAUAGUCAGUGGUUCCCAAUCCGGGGGGUCAGGACCCCUCAAAGGGGUCUAAAGAUAAAGCAGAGGACUGACAGUGUAAGAAAGAAAAAAACAUAGUUCUGCUGUACAGAAUUAUAUGAUAUUUUCUGAUGUUUCUCUAAUCUUUGCUUUUUAUUUAAAUGUGGAUUUACAGAUUCAUGAUUAAAGAUAAUUCAUAGUAAACAAUCUGAGAAGCAAAAAUCAAUCCAUGGUGGAACUGCUCGCAAGUUAUUGACAUAUGCAAUGUAUGAUGGAUCUCAACAAAAUAUCCUUUCAAUUUAAGGGCCAUACGGCAAAAAGGUUUGGAACCACUGCCUUAUAUAUCAGUGGUUUGAUCAGCAUUCGAAACCAAUAAUAAGACGGUUUAUCUUAAAUUCUUCUUAGAUUUAAGAAAUCAUAUUCUCAGAGUAAAUUCCGUAAAACCCUGGAACAGUAUGUUUUCAAAAGAGCUCAAAAACAAGCGUUAUAUCAUCUUGUAGCUUCUGAAGAACUGAAAAGAGUUCAGAAAUUUUGAUCAGUUAUUCAAAAUGUUUUGUUUUGGGGUGAAUUUUUGCUUUCACCAGCCAACUUCCUUCUCUUCAUUGGAGGAAACGAUGACAGAAGGCAACUAUUCCGACUGUUUCCAGGGGUGUGUAUUUUUUACAUUUAUGUCUUAUGUUCCCUUAAGGAAAAGGGGAGCAAACAUUGAUUAAAAUGUGUGGGUGGCACAGCUUUACAAUGGUAUUAUGACUAUACAUUGUUGUUUCAGACUGUUACUUGAAUAUACUGUAUAAUUAUCUGACUGUUUGACUUUGGAUGUAAUGUGUUUGAACAUGUUCCUAGUUGGUCAUUGCCAUCUUUUGCAAGGCAAUGUAAAUCUGAUUCCUCCAUGGAUGGACGGUUGAGUUUUUACAAGGCAGAAACUUUAAGCCCAAUCUCAUCACAGAUAAUGAAUGUAAAAGGUUAUGUAUCGCAACAAAACAAAACAAAAAAAAAAUUAGAUUUAAAUUGUUUAUGGAGAAUUUUUAUUGCAUGAUGCUUGACUGAAAAUGUCUGGGAAAAGUGUCCAAAACUGCAGCAAGGCAAUACAAACUGCCAGGUGUGGGCUUUGAGAAGACACUUUGAAAUGAAGUGUCCAUUGUAAUGUGUGUCUGAGCUGAGUAACGCUUGUAAAUGUGUGAAGUGAAGGUUUAAAGUCACAGUUAAUUUCGGCUGUGGCUAAACAGAGGGUCACUUUGGGACUGCUUCUCUUCAAAUGUGUCCCGGUUGAUCCUGUUUUUGUGUGUGAAAUCAUUUGUCAGCUGAUCGUCCAGUUGUACAGCGUCUGUCACUAAAGAAGAGUCUCUGCCUCAGCAGGUGGAGUGUGACACUCGUUAUCAGUGCUGUGUACUUCUUAGGAUUAUGUGAAGUCAGUCUCAGAACUUAGUGGGAAUAGCACACGUGUGUUCUCUUGUAAUUCAUUCUCAGUACAAACUGUACUCAAGAAUAGAGCAAAUUUUAGAAGGAAACAAUGUCUCAAAUCACAUUUUGUACAUGUUUAUCUUGCUGUAUUUAUUAUGAGACAAAUGUCUCUGUAGUUCAUUGGCUAGAGGCCACUUUACUGUGUCCUUGGCUCAGUGCAAAGCUGACUUAAUUGUCUAAUGCCUGAAGGCAAUGCUUUCAACUCAUUUAUAGUUCUGUGGGCAGAAAACUUUGCCUCGAUUCAGCUCUAUAAUACCUUUAUUUGUCAGAGACAAAUCAUGUGUGUUCGUGUGUACCUUAAAAGGUGUGUAGGGAGUGCAAGUUGGUUUGCAUUGCAGUGUGGUUUUGUUAUGGGGGUCGUCUCGGCAGCCCUUGAUCUUCUCUGUUCAAAGCUCUCAUGCAGUGACUCACAGGUGUGUCUCAGAGGUGACAGAGACUCUUCAUCCUCUCAACACAUCCACAUAAAAGCCUUUCGGCUGCUGUACAUUUUUGGCUUAAGACAAAGACGGACUUUCUUUUAAUUUUCAAUAAGUUUAGCUGAUGGUUUUUUUUAAUUUUUUAUCAAAGUAUAUGGUGCCUAGAUAAAAAUAGACUUUCUGCUAGGCAUUCCUUAGUUUAAUGCUGCUAUGUGAAUGUGUGUGUUUUCUGUAAAUUGUGUAUAGUCUUACAUUAAAUGGGCAAACAUUUUCUAGCAGUGCUUGGCAGUCUCUUUGUAAAAAUAUACACAGUACAUGUGAGACUUGCAAAAAUAGUAUUUAGCAAUAGUAUUCACACUUUUUUUUCCUUACUCUAGUUAAUGCUGGUUGAUAGGAAAUUAACUGUUGUGAAAAAGACAUUUACCUCUUCAUUACUGAUCCGUGAGCUGUGCUGGGCAGAGGCCCUUGAUUGUACAUAACACAGCGUUUUUAAUGCCUUUGGCUUAAGGUUUCUCCCAAGUGCAAACUCAGAUUAUCUGAUUUUACCUUAGCCUUGGUUUAUGCCUCUCGUGUAUUACUAUUAUAUUUGCGUAUACCCAAGUAUUUGUGUUUCUGAAGGAUAAGUACCUGUUGAUCUUUGAAAAACCUGAAGAUAUUUCCAGUUUCCUCUAAGACUCUUCUGUCUAUCCUGAUGAAAAAAUAAUCAACCUUCUACUGCAUUAUACAAAAGAUUUUUAACCCAUUUCCCAAGUUGAAUUUUUUUUUAUAUCACGACAACAAUGGUAGCUGAAAAUAAGUCAUGUCCUUGCUCCAUUUGUAUGACAUCAUACAAAGUUAUAUUUUCUAUAAAGCUGCUUUUUUUCAGCAUAUUUUCAUGGAAGAUAAUGCAUUCAUUAGGUCCUGAUUCAUAUGUUACAUCUUGUUAAGCUAAAGGCCAAAAAUCUUUAGUUGCACAUUUGAUAACUGGUAUUGUUUGUCCGGGGAAUGAGGAUGGCAAUAAUAUUCAGGAGCAAAACAAUGUAAACUGUGUAUUCUGGGAGAAAGUGGGUGUCUAAAAUAUCAAAUGAUCAAAAAUUUGAUUGAUUUACUUUUAUUUGUUUAAGGUUUCUCUUUAACUAAAAGCCAAAAUGAAUUACUGUAGUGUUAUACAGGACAUGUUUUUUCAUGUAGACAUGAAGCUCAGACUUUAUUGUGAAUAUAAUUCAUCUAAGUUUUUUUAGUUAGGGAAUUUUUGCGGUGCAGUUUUGUAGUAUGCAGCAUUCUGGAUCUGGCCUUUAUGAAUUGUCAGUACCUUUUAAACCCAGACGUGUUGGGCAUAGUUGUAUUUGUAAUAUAUAGUGUGACAAAACUGCAAUCAUUCAUAUACAUUUUUUUUGUACUAAACAAUAGAAAAUAUCGUAGGCAGGAAAUAAAGUUGUGACUUAGGAAAAGGACUAAAAAUCUCUUAUUGUGCAGUCGACUGAAUAUUUUUUAUCUAAUUGGACAGAAGAGUUGCUGAAGGUUGUGAAAGUUUAAUGACCUGGGUUUUUUCAAAUUCGUUUAAUUAUUUUAUUUUAUUUUUUAUUUUUUGGAAAAAACGUUGUUGUUUAUCUCUGUGACUUAAACAUAAUGGUAAUACAUGAGAUUUAAAAACUGGGGCUAGUUUUACCCCGACUCUGAUUUCUCAUAGAAGCCAAACUGAGUUCAGUGUAUAUAGAACUAGUUUAGUUAAGUAUAGCAGCUAGUUUCUACAGACAAAAUGCCCAAACUCUACCCUCGUUGCCAAUGUAGGCCAAGGCCUGAUAUAAGACUGUUACCUCGCUGAGUUUUGACUGCAAAGGACUGUUUACUUCUCCUUAUCAAGAUAGUAUUUACUCUAUAUUUGUACUGACUUUAUUUUGUAAUGCCAAGAAUUGAUGAAUUGAAAAAAAAAACACACACACACACACACACACACACACACAGAGCCCACAUUGGUACGGCUGAACUAGUUUGCCAGGAAAAAACUAAAUAUUAAACCCUGUUGAUUCAGGAUCAAGACUGUUUGUCUCCCAAAAGCGUUCUCCUUUUCCUCCUGCAGCUAUGGGACAGCAGGAUUUAUAGCAGUAUCAAUAUGUGAUUGUAUGUGGAAUAGUUCAGAUUAAUAUUAUGACAAAAUGUGGUGUUCUUUGAGGGUAUCUUUGUGCAAUUCUACCUGCAGCUCUUCAGUGUGUCGUACGCAUGUGUGAGAGAGUUAUUGUCAGCCGUGUUGUUGUGGCGUUAAAUCAUUGUCGCUUAUUAUGAGGCCAAAGUUGAGUGUUGUUGGUAUUUGUUAACAAAUUUGUCGAUAUAAAUAUCCAAACAUUUUUAUGUCAUUAUGGAUAUCAAGUUGAUUUUGUAUCUUGGUGUAUAGCAUAGAGAUUUUUGAUGCAUACUCUGAUGUAAGAUCCAAACAAUGAGAUGCUGACACAUUUUUAAAUAUCUAUUUGGUUGCACAUCUUUUGGUGCUUUUUCAUAAGGUGGGGUUGUAUUUAGGUUUUUCUUCCAUUUGCCUUUUCUUUUUCUUUUUUUUUUUUCAUUGAUGCCCUUUGGAAUUCUACCGUGUUGGACACCGACAUCUGCGCUACUUUAUUCAACAGAAACUGUGGAAUUUGUGUCAAAAUAAAUGCUAACAAGUGCUACCAAAUACA